AGAGUUACAUCAUUGCCAUCUGGAAAUUAUUCACAACGAAAGAAUCUAAGUGAUGUUCAGUCGGAAAACAAGUUUGGUCAUGUGCCUUGCCUCCAUCCAGAUCUGAUUCUCUGGUUGGUUUCAUCACUUCAUGAAAAAAAAAGAGUAGCUUGUAGACAGAGAGAAGCAGAGAGACAGAGAGAGGGAGAAAGUGAUUGAGGAAGGCUGGGAGGAAAGCAUUUCCCGUAAUCAUCAUGAAGGCGGCGUUGUCCUUCCCUUCCUGUUUCUUCUUCUCGUGUCUCAGACACAGUCCAGGUGACACGACUUGUGAACGCAGUGGAUCCUCUCUGUCGUUACAGACACAGGAACUUUACUCCGCUUCGUCCAAGCCUCAACCUCUGUGCAGGAUGUCUGAGGGAAACGUUACAGUGAUGCCAUUUGGACCUUCAUCUCUGGACUUGUCCAGGCAGGAGCAACGGACGCUGACCAGACUGUACAGCCAGAACGGAGGAUAUCACCUGAGGAUUUUACUAGAUGGAACUGUGAAUGGUGGCAGACAGGAAAAUGACCCUUAUGACAUCCUGAGGAUAAAGGCUGUGAGUGUCGGAGUAGUGGUCAUCAAGGGCGAGAUGACAGGAAGGUACCUAGCUAUGAACAAAAAAGGACGCCUCUACGGAUCACAAGCACUGAACGAUGAGUGUUACUUUCUGGAGAAGUAUGAAGAAAACCACUACAACACAUAUUGCUCUCAGAAGUACAAUUGGUAUGUGGGGCUGAAGAGGAACGGCCAACCCAAAGCAGGACCAGACACCCACCAGGGUCAGAAGGCCGUCUUUUUUCUACCAAGGCCUGCAGGCAACAUGUAAAGCAAGACGACAACAGGAACCAUGGACACGCUCACUGAAGUCUUUAAAUGCACAUUAAAAGUGCAAUUUUACGCUGGGCAAAGUACCCCAUUUAAAAGUCACUUAAAGUCAAUGUGAUAGGGCAGUAAAGCCUGGGGCAAACACAUGAUGCUGGUUUUACAUUUAAUUAAAGCUCUAUUUUAAUAUUAAUAGCACAAAUGUUUGUUUAUUCCUCUUGUUUAUCCAAAGAAUAUGUGAUAUGACUAAGCAGCUUAUACUGCUCAUUGAUCAUUCAAACUACUAUCCAGAAUACUUUCUGUUUAUAAGCACAUAUACACUCUAUCUCUCACUGCAGGCAGAAAAUGUGGCGGUAUCAGUGCACGUCAGUGUUAAUAAAUGGGUGUUCACUUUAAACCUUAGUAUGAAAUACCACUGCUGGAAGACAGCAACGGACUGCUUUUACACAGAAAUACUUUCACAAUUGAUCACGUCUGGAACAACAAGGGAACCGACAAAGCAAUAAAAACAAAAAAGCAGACCAUCUGGCAUUGGAUUCGAACUCAAGCAAACAAAUAAUACAGUCCAAAGGAUAAAACUGGUAUAACCGCUACAAAUAACAGUACUUCAGUAGGGUGGAUGUUUGCUGACUUCUGAAUGAAUAAGAAUCUUACAAGUAACUUUUAACUUCUAAUCUGCUCAAGCCUGUCUGUUUCUGUAACCACUUGUGUUCUACGUGGAAUGCCAGUAGACACAAAUGCGAAAAAAAAAAAGCACAAAGUUGAUAUGACAUGAUCUUUGUGCUAAAAUGCUGUUUGGAAAUUGUUUCUGCUAAGGAUAGCCAUGACAACGGUGAAACAUUUGUAUGAUUGUAUAAUUCUAGCUGUAUAAUGUGCCAAGGUCAGCUCGUAAAGUUAUUGUUGAGAUGUAUUUUUAAGGGAAGGAGGAACCAGAGAAGAAUUAUGAUGACACUAAUAUUUGAGUGUGGCUUAUUUGAUUUUGGUUGUAAGGAAGGAGAGAUGAACCAAAUAUUGACCAUUCUGUCCUGGACCACAGAAGUUUCGUUUCACUGGGCAAAGCUGCUUCACUUCACAGCCCAACAGAGCUUUCUGUAAACAUAUUUCAUUUCUUAUUGAUUUAUGUGUUACUGUAACAUUGUACUCGGUUCAUUUACUAUUGUGAAUAUUUAUUUAUAAUCUUUUUUUGCUAAUAAAAUAAAAUUGAACCGACCAUUGUAAUGAAUGAUUUCAAAGCAAUAACUUACUUUGUAUACGUGAUGUGACCACCUUUUCACAAAAUAAUACAUAUUGUAUUAAAUGUCUUCAAUUGUAUGGAAUAAAGUCUGCAUUAUUAUUCAUAAAAAAAUAUAUAUAUAAUGUUUUUGAUUUACUGUGAUUAUGUUUUAAAAGACAGAUGGGAACAGGAGUUUUUUAACUGUGCAUACAUACAUUAAAGGAACACCAGUGUCCAACA